AUGCAGAGUCUGACACAGCAGCUGCACGCGGGGCUGAUGCAGCCCGAGAUGACCCAGCUGCUGCUGCCGCCCUAUGAGACCACGGUGCCCUACGACAGCAGGGUGUCCUACGACACCAUCCCAGACCCGUCUCCUCAAGAGACCAAGCAGCCGCAGGAGUGGAAACCUGUGGAAAGCGAGCCGGAGGAACCCCAGGGCACCCUGGAGUGGCCGCGACCCCCCCAGCAGACCACCCUGCUCCUGAUCGUGUGCGGGCUCUUCCUGUUCCUGGUCUUAACCGGGAUGCCCGCUGCCUUUUACAUCUGA